AUGUCAUGGCCCAGCUCCUUCAUGCCUCUGGAGCCACAAGGUGCACAGUCUGGUUUUUGUGGUGGUACUCAUCAUCCUUGUGGCCACAGGUCAUCCUCAUGGGCACUGGCUGUCACCCACAUGGGUGCUGGCCAACAUUUUUAUGAGCACUUCCUCGUUCUCAUGGAUGCUGGUUGUUGUGUCAUUCUCAUGGGCGCUAUUUGUCAUUCUCAUGGGCUCUUUGUCAGUCUCAUGGGUGCUGGUGGUCAUUUGCCAGUCAUUAUGACUGUUCUUGUGGUUAUUUCUGUUGCUGGGUGGUGGAACUCAUCUGUUGGGAGGUUGCAUUUGUGGCAACAUGGUGGCCCAAGGCCAGUGCAGUGUAAAGUAUCUGAAUGGUGGCCUUUCCGGUCCUCAAAUUCCUCCUUAGGCUGCAUCUUGGUCCAAACUGGUUACAACCGGUUCAAGACCAGUUUUUCAACUACAUAUGCAAUUAUAUUUGCAAUUCUUCAAAACGAGUGCAAGAACGUACAAAAGACCGGUCUUAACCGACCAGACCGGUCCACGUUAACCGGUCUUUUUGCGGUCUUUUAA